UAAUAUUGAUUUAAUUGAUUAUACAUUAGUUUUAUUGACUGUCACUUAACUGAUACUAAUAGUUAUUAUUACAGUAUUAUUAUUAUUGAAAUAAUUGUUGAUAUUAUCUUUGGUGACAAUGGUAUCGACCAAACAAUUAAUCUCUCAGUUGUCUCGAAACACAAUUUAUUUGUCGUGUAUUUCAUCGAUUGGUCUUUUAUUGUCAAUAUAUUCGCUGUCCAUUGAAAUCCGUCACCAAAAUGGCCAAACAUAUGACGCCUUCUGUGAUAUUAAUUCAUAUAUCAGUUGUUCAAAGGUUUUCCUCUCGAGUUAUGGCAAAGGUUUUGGUUUGUUGUCCGCACCGUUGGAUUUGCCGAACCCUGUGUUUGGUGUUAUACUAUACUCAUUACAGGCUAUUGUGGCCAACAUUUUGCAUACAAACCUUUUACUGACCAAACUUUACAUAAUAGUGUCGUUAAUAUCAAACUUGGGUUCAUUAUAUUUGGCAUAUAUUUUGGCAUUUGUUUUAAAAAACUUUUGUAUAGUUUGUGUUGCAAUAUAUGUAAUCAAUUUUUUACAACUAAUGAUUGCUUACAAUAGAUAUCGUAUUAUAACAUCAUUUAAACGAUUAAAAAAAGACUAA